AUGCGUGAAAUUUCCAAUGAAUUGACUGUAGCAACAACUACAGUGUUUAAUAUAAUUAAUAAAUAUGGUGAAAGUGCCAGUAUUGAUGUUUGCAGAAAAAGCUCAUGCCCUCCAAAAGCUGUUUCUCAAAGGAGUGCAUUUAAUUCGAAUAUUUUAUGCCGAACAUCAAAACCUCGAAAAGUAGUGAAAUGUCUGGAAAACCGUUGGGUGAUUGCCAUUACACGAGUCGGGAGGAUGAUUGAGGUAAGUGACUUAACCUUAACGAAACGUGUAAUCAAAUGUAACGUAGAUGUUGUCAUGAGAUUUGCUCAUUCUUUCAUUUUCUUUAUGUCUCACAAUUAUGUACACAAAAAAUCUACCCAAAAAUAUACUCAAUUACAAUCUAAAAGGCAAGAGAGAUGUAGACAGACUUCGGAAAAGAUGGUCGUAUUAUUCUUAUGA